AUGGCGGCCACUAAGGCACCUGUUCGUACUCAACGCCCUCCAGAAUACUACCGAUCAAAACGCCAACGACUUGCUACAGAUGAGGCCGUCAAGAAGCGACAUGCCCCCACGACCAAAGUCAACAUGCAUGGUGUCAAACUGAAAUGGACAAGUUCUGAAGCUCUCGCCGAAGACAAGCUCAAUGGACAAUACGUACCCGAAAGCAUAAAAGAAAUGGAUUUCGGCGAUAGAUCUACAGCGUAUCAGGGCCCAAUACCCCUCGCCGAUGUCUUGUCCUCGGAGCUGAAACAACGACGACACGGAAGCAAGACGGUUAUUUCAGGCACCUACGCCCACUACAAGAAACAAACGUUGACUAAUCUGAGCAGUCUCUAUGUGCGGUGCUAUGCGGGACGCCUUAGUCGCGUGGCAUGA